UAUUGUCUAGAUUUAUACGCGUUCCAUUAAGUUUAAAAAAUAAUUAUAAAUUUAUCAAGGUUUUUAUUACAAAAUAACAAAAUGUGUUUACCAUAUAGACAUUAUAAAUAUAUUUACCUUAUAAUAGGAAUAUAUAGUCUUAUCUAAAAUCGUGCGUUUACAACAACUCUUUAGUGAUAAGGAAUGACUGACAUCAAUAUUUUAAAUAUCUGCAGUCUACAAAUCUAAAUUGAACGAUAUAAUUUGUUAGAUCGUUUUCGUCUAUCUAAGAAAUAUUGAAAUUGUUCAUAAUUUCAUAAAAAUAUUUCUAUUAAAAUGUACUUUUUUUUUGAAAAAUUUUUAUUUUGGAAUAGAAAUGUUCUACUUAAAUUGAGUAAGAGUAUUGACUGUAACUCUGAAGUAGUAAACUGUAGGUUUUAUAGAGAUUUAUUGUAAACUGAAUUGUAUAGAUUGACAUCUUUGUAACAUGGAUAAAUUGACAGUUAUAUCAGGAACGCUCUUUUUGUUAGCUGAUGUUUUUGCAAUUAUUAGCUUGGCAAUGCCCGAUUGGAUUAUUACUGAUGUUGGAGGUGAUACAAGAUUGGGAUUAAUGUGGACAUGUAUGACUUUAUAUAAUAGGCCACAAGUAUGUUUUACUCCAGAUUUACGUCUUGAAUGGUUAUUAGCAUUAGUUAGUAUAUUCAUUGGAUGUAUAUGUAUUACUACUACUAUUAUACUGUUAGCUUCAUCUCAUUGGGAUCGUAAUGUUAUACCUUAUGCCCGAUGGGUUGGGUUUACUGCAAUGGUAUUAUUUUGUUUUGCUGCUGUUGUAUUUCCAAUGGGUUUUCACAUUCCAGAGAUUGGAGGUCAACCAUACCAACUACCAAACAGCCAUCAAGUUGGAAUUUCCUAUAUAUUAUUUGUACUGUCUCUUUGGGUUACAGUAAUUUCAGAACUAUUUGCUGGUAAAGUAUGUUUACCACAUUUUUAAUAGAUUCUAAAUUCUGGAACGUUGUAAUGAUAAUCAUACAAAUAUAUCACAGUUUCAUUUAAUUAAUAUUAUUGUAUGAAGUUUACUGUGAAAUCAUGCUUGUAUCAACUAUAUUGAUAUUCUAUUUUAUAUCUUCAAUAGAAAAAUUAAAUUGCAUAUUUAAAAUUGUUUAAAACUAAAUAAUAACAUUAAUCUUAAAUUUAAU